AUGCAUGAGUACAUUCCACCAAUUAUUCAAGCUGCCACUCAGCAACGCCGACACAAAUCUACUGAGCCCCGAAAGGAUAGGGGACGCGAAGAAGGUCAUGCACGGUUAUACAAUGACUAUUUCGCGGAAGUCCCAGUUUAUCCAAGUUCCUUGUUCCGGCGCCAGUUUCGAAUGCGUAAACAUGUGUUUGAGCGCCUUCUCAACGCAGUGACCCAACAUGACCCUUGGUUUCAACAAAGGCGAGAUGCGGCAGGUCGUCUUGGGUUGUCUCCACUUCAAAAGUGCACUGCGGCCUUUAGACAACUAGCUUACGGGUGUGCUUCAGACGCUUGUGAUGAGUAUGUCUGUAUAAGUGAGGCUACUUCACGAUUGGCACUCCAAAAUUUUACAGAAGGUGUCAUCAACCAGUUCGGUCCAAACAUCGUAGAUAUGGAAAGAUUGCUACGUAUUGGGGAAGAACGUGGAUUUCCUGGCAUGAUAGGCAGCAUUGAUUGUAUGCACUGGGAGUGGAAGAACUGUCCACACGCAUGGAAGGGGCAGUAUCAAGGAAGAGCAGGAGUUGCAACUCUCGUACUGGAGGCAGUUGCGGACAGAGAUCUAUGGAUAUGGCAUUCGUUCUUUGGGAUGCCAGGUAGCUGCAACGAUAUUAAUGUGCUUCAUCGAUCCCAUGUGUUCGAAGACGUCUUAGAGGGUCGAACACCUGCUGUGAACUUCGUAGUCAAUGGUCAUCAUUGUACGAAUGGGUAUUAUCUUACUGAUGGAAUCUACCCUAGAUGGGCUAUUUUUGUGAAAUCCAUUACGAGGCCACAAGCUCGUAAGGAUCGUUUAUUCGCAAAACACCAGGAAGCUGCAAGGAAAGACGUUGAACGCGCAUUUGGGGUCCUUCAAGCUCGUUUUGCCAUUAUUAAAAAGCCGUCUUUGGCGUGGGAUACCGACAUACUCCACAAUAUCAUGCUCGCCUGCAUCAUAAUACAUAAUAUGAUCGUUGAAGAUGAACGAGAGACGUAUCAAAAUAACGUUAAUACCAAUGAGUUUAUGAAUGCUGGAGGCAACGCUAAUGAGGACACUACCGAGUACCGUACUGAUCGUAUUGUGGAUAUUGACUUAUACUUGACUCGUAGAACAGAGAUUGAGGAUCAACAGACUCAUUUGCAGCUAAAAAACGACUUGGUCGCACAUAUAUGGAAUAAAUUUGGUAACAAUGAGAACUUACGCAAUUAG